GACAGAUGACUUGACCCUUGAAACUCCAACUAAUUCAAACUUGCCUAAGAAGAGGACGUUAUCAAAGAGGAAGAUCUUAAUAAAGGACAGCAAAUCAGAUUUGACAGAUGAUACAUACAAAGAACUGCUGGAAAUGAAUAAGGAGAUAUUACAAGAAAUGAAAGAAAGAAACCACGCUCUGGGCUCUGAAAAUCAGGCCUUAGUCCAGAAGCUUCAGGAGCAGGGCCGUCGACUGCAGAAGACACAGCUUAGGCUAGACAAAGCACAACAGGAAAACAGAAGGCUAAAGGAAGCAGAGGAGAGGCUACCCAGGGAAGAUCACCAGGCAGAACUGCACUCCAUCAGACAGCAGGCCCAGGAGUUGGUUGAUGAAAAUGAUGCCAUGAAAAUGACUAUCCAUCGCCUGAACGUGGAACUGAGUCGCUACCAGACACAGUUCAGACCACUGUCUAAAGAGGAGUGUUUGAAGAUCAAUGGCCUUCCGAUGAAAGGGCCACCUCCACCAUGGCUGCUGGACAUGAAAUAUUUAUCUCCUUUGCUCCUGGCAUAUGAAGACAGACUUGUAGAAAAAGAUUCUGCGCUGCAUGCUUAUGAGGAUGAGAUGAAGAGUUUUGCUUCUCGAGUGAAGGCGGUGGUGAGGGAGAAUGAGGAGCUCCGUCUACAGCUUGAGAAGACUGGUGCUGUCAGCAACAAAGAGUGGAGUCAGUUAAGAGACCAGGCCAGGCUUGUCCUGGAAGAAAAUCAAGUGCUGAUGGAACAGUUGGAGGUUCAACAGGCCAAGGCCAAGGACAGUCACAAUCAGCAUCUUCACGAAGUGUCUAAGUUGACCAAACAGCUGAUGCUACUGGAAGCAGAGAAAGAAAACCAACAGAAAGAGCUGGUAGAAUGCAGCAAGCAACUGGAAGAUAUGCGCUCCAAAUACAAGCACGCCGAAGUCAACCUUGAGAACAAAGUGGAGAUGGAUGAACACAUCACCACUAUGAAUGAGCUGAAAAGGCAGCUGCAGCAGGAAGAGGAGAAGAGACUUGCAGAAGUAGAGGAUCUAAUGGGGAGGAUGGCAUCCCUUCAAACUGAGAAGAAAACACUGCUAUUGGAGAAAACAAACCUCAUGGCAGACAACAGGAGUAUUGAGACUGAGCUGGAAAUUUCACGGAAUGCCAACAGAAAGUCUCAGCGGAAGAUCGGCCUCCUGAAACAGCAGCUCGAGGAAGCUCUGGAUAAAGAAGUUGCUGCUCAUCAGUACCUUGCAAACCUGAUCAGCCUGGCUGAGAAAGCAACACAGGAGAGAGAUCAGCUCAUAUACAUGGCCAAAUACCUGGAAACCGACAAGCAAGAAGUGUUCAACAAGAUUAUAGAAGGGACCGUCCGAAUGGGCAAGCUGGAAGAGAAAGUCAAGGUGUACAAAAAGAAAGCCGCAGCUAAGCUGGGAGACAUGGGACACAGACUACUGGAGCAGGAGGAGGGCUUUGCUGGGAAGACAGACUCCUACCAGAGAGAAAUCAAGCACCUCCAGAGGCUGUUGCGAGACAAGCAGGAAUUGCUCGACGAAGUGCUGCAGCAGAAAAGGGAAAUGGAAGGUGAACUGAAGAUUGUUUGGCAGUCAGCUUCCACAGAAAACAAAAGAAUGAAACACACCCUUUUUGAUUCUUUCUGCCAGAGCAGGGCCCUCAAUCUAGAGGAAGCCUCAGGAGAGCCGUGCUGUCGAGCAGCCUUUAAAGCAAGGAGCCCGCGCUCAGCCCACGGGAAGCAAAACAUGGGCACUGCCUAUCCCCUGGAGCUGCUGGAAGUGAAUAGCGCCCUCGCUGUCUCCUCUCCAAAACGCAGGCAGCCCAAGCAAGGAAUGCAGAAAAGCCCCAUGUUUGAGUCAGAUUCCGACCAGCAACAAAUCUCAUCAUCAGAUGAAAGCUAGAAGAAUGGGCUGGAGUUUUGUUCAUGAAACAGGAAUCCUUUUUUCUGAAAAGAUUGUCAGUACGAUUCAUAUUCUAAAGCACAAAAAAUCAACCAAAAAUCAAUCUAAA